UGUAAAUGUAGCGAGGGGGCGGACACAGCGGGACUCUCCUCUGCUGUCCUGCGGUAACAUUGUUGUGGAACGACGUCACAGCUCGAAAAUGAAGGCGCAGAGGCAGCCAUUACCGGAGCUUCUCUAAUUAUUUUAUUCCAAAUAAAUACUCGCGGAAAACUCCCAUGGCAAGAGCUACAAGUCAGCUGUAUGAUGUUGUGCCUAUUCAGCCCAGCGUUGUCAUUUGUUCCCGCUCGCAUCCAUCAAUGGUAAGGAACCACCCCGACUUCUGCUCGCCACUCGCUAUCCCAGGCGCAAGCAGCAGCAGCCACUGCCCCGGCAUGGAGGGGUCGCCCUCAGAGGCCCGCGCUGUAGGAACGUCUGCCAGCAGCCAGGGUUCGGGCCUCCGUGCGCAAAAGGUGGCUCAGGCCCCUCAGCCUCGCAAGAAGAAACCGGAGGACUUCAAAUUUGGCAAGAUACUGGGAGAAGGCUCCUUCUCGACGGUUGUCCUGGCAAGAGAGCAGGUAACUGGCAAAGAAUAUGCAAUUAAGAUACUAGAGAAGCGGCACAUCAUGAAGCAGAACAAAGCCCAGUAUGUGAAAAGAGAAAGGGAUUUGAUGUCAAAUCUCGAGCACCCAUUCUUCGUCAAACUUUACUUCACAUUUCAAGAUGAUGAGAAGUUGUACUUCGGUCUUAGCUACGCUAAGAACGGCGAACUCCUCAAAUACAUUCGUAAAAUUGGUUCAUUCGAUGAGACCUGCACUAGAUUCUAUUCAGCAGAAAUCGUUAGUGCUCUAGAAUACCUGCACAAUAAGGGGAUAAUCCAUAGAGAUCUGAAACCAGAGAACAUUCUUUUGAGUGAAGACAUGCACAUUCAGAUAACAGAUUUUGGGACAGCAAAGCAAUUAUCAUCGGACAGCAAGCAAGCAAGAGCAAACUCUUUUGUCGGAACAGCACAGUAUGUUUCUCCAGAGCUGCUAACAGAGAAAUCGGCUUGCAAAAGCUCUGACCUCUGGGCAUUGGGAUGUAUUAUCUAUCAGUUGGUGGCUGGUUUACCACCAUUCAGAGCUGGAAAUGAAUACUUAAUAUUCCAGAAGAUAAUAAAGCUGGAGUAUGAAUUCCCUGAGAAAUUCUUCCCCAGGGCCAAGGAUCUUGUCAAACAGCUUUUGUCACUGGACCCCUCAAACCGUCUUGGGUGUGAAGAGAUGGGAGGCUACGACCCUUUGAAACAACACCCCUUCUUCGACAACGUCUCCUGGGGAGACCUACACCUGCAGACACCCCCCAAGCUCACGCCGUACCUGCCAGCGAUGUCUGAAGAUGAUGAGGACUGCUAUGGAAAUUACGAUGACCUCCUGAGCCAGUUCAGCAACAUACAGGUGGCCCAGUCCAGCUCAUCGCACUCCCUGUCGCCGCACGAAUCAACGCCCCCGCAAAGGUCCAGCAGCAACAUUGAGCAGUACAUCCACGACCUGGACAACAACUCCUUUGAGCUGGACCUGCAGUUCACGGACGAGGAGAAGCAGUUGUUGCUGGACAAACAAACCUCUGGGAACCCCUGGCACCAGUUUGUGGAAAAUAACCUGAUUUUAAAAAUGGGUCCAGUCGACAAACGAAAGGGUCUGUUUGCCCGACGAAGACAGCUGCUCCUCACUGAGGGACCACACUUGUACUAUGUGGAUCCUGUUAACAAGGUCCUGAAAGGAGAAAUCCCUUGGUCAUUAGAAUUACGCCCCGAGGCCAAGAACUUCAAAACCUUCUUCGUUCACACGCCUAACCGAACGUACUAUUUGAUGGACCCCAGCGGCAAUGCUGACAGAUGGUGCAAGAAGAUCCAGGAAGUGUGGAGAAAGAUCUAUCAAAGACACCAAAACCCUGGCCUAUAGGAGCACACUUCCUCCUGUGGCCACUCCUCUUUAGCUCCGAGGCCAAUCACUGAGCAGAGUAACACCCUCUUUAGUGCCCUUCAUCACCGCAGUGUAAACAAACUCUUCUCGACAGACGCUGGCAUCUAGACCUUGUUUGUUUUACCGAGUAGAACCAUGGGAAAAAUACAACUUUGGAUUCAGGGUUGCUUUGCUUGUUCUUUGUGCUCUGUGUGAGGCUUCUGUUGCAAUUCUCCAUAUGUGGAUGUUGGCAGUACCACCGAGCGCAUCUGCUUCUUUUGUACAUUCUCAACGGAAGGUGAAAUGCCAGGGCUCUUAAAUCCAAGAACUGGUUCCCUUUGUUAUACCAUAACACAAAAAUAUUGCUUAUGUGAAUCCCAGAGUCUAUGCUGACCUCUAAUUAAAACAUAUACCAAACCUGCAUCCUAUGUGCAAGCUGUAGACAGCCCCUUGUCUGGUGCAUAUAGUCCAUAGCUGUACGAGAUACUGUACGCUUCAGUCAGUCUUCAUGCAUUUACCAAACUCAAAUCCUAUAUGUAUUUUUGUAAGAGCCCAGAUAUUUCCACAGUAUUUUUAGUUGUUUUCCUUAGUCUAGUGGUACUUGCUUUUUGCAGUCCAAAUAGAUUUCUCAGUGUGUGACGGGGCCUUCCACAGCAGUUACUGAGGCGGUUUAGCUAACGGGAGCUGGGUAAACAUACCACUAGCUUGUACUUCCUAAUCAUAAACUUGCUCACCUUUCCUGCAUGGCCAGUUGUGUAGCGCAGCCGUGUUCCGCUCUCAUUGGGCACUGGAGAUAUACAGUACUUUAUUCAACUUUAAAAGGUGUUUUGUUUUGUUUUUUUUUUGUUUUGUUUUGGGGAGGGGGGUGGCGUCUGCAUCUGCAACCAUAGAAAAUGUUACUGGAUGAUUUGGCUGUUCCGUUCUAUUCUUUUGUGAUGUGGAUUUCUUUUUGUGGGAUAGAUUGCUCAUAUUUCAGUGCAUCCUGUUUUGAAAUAGAAAAUCCUAUGUGCUGACCACCCCAUGCUGAACAGAACAUCCUCACCAACAGAUAUAUACAUUAUACUAUCAUUCUUUUCAAGCAAUCACUAGUUGUUCUCCCUGAGCGGGAUCGCACAAUUGCAUCUCGAGCUCACCUUUUUUUUUUCCACACAUUCGACCCGAUAGAAAUCCAACAUUGAUUUAUCUGAUGCUCCUAUUUUUAACAGUUUGUGUUAUAUAAUGCUUUUAAUUUUUUGGCAGAUUACCUUCAGGUCCUUUGGCUGAGUCUGUGUGUGCAGUGUGUGACUGGAAUAUAUAGGUGAAUAGGACCCUGGGGGCCCAGGGCUUGGCGUGAAAGGAUAUCUAUCUGAUCCAAAUAACCGAUGAAAUUGCUGUAUCUGUCUAUAAAGUAGGAGGAAAACGCUCCACAAAGUGUAUUCCUCCACAGUGAGAAUAUGUCUGAAUCAUAAAUAGAUGGCAGUCGGUUACCUUGUGUAUGGAACACUCUACCUGGCUUGUAACUGACGAGAACUGUGAUGUACAGAUAAUGUAUUAUUAAAAUCUGAAGCAAGUAAUGCAAUGAUAUUAGGAUACAGUUUUUGUAUUUUUAUUCUUGUAUAAGGUUAUUAGACGGCUAUUGUUUAGCCUCUAGUUCAUUCUGUGUUAUUUAAAUUCUAAUAUAUGAAUCAUAUUUGGAUUGAAGUCAUGUUCAGGGGCCAUGUUGUGUAUGUAUUGAGAUGUAAAGCCUUUGAAUGUGAAUAAUUAUUGUAAACUAUAAUAUUUUACAGCUUUUUUCUUACUAUAUCAUACAUUUUCUAUUUGCUCAGUGAUUAAUCAUAUUCCGAUAAUUUAAUGAACCUGUUCAUUCUCUCUGAUUAUUUGUGCGCUAGGUCAGUAGAUGUUGAAUGAUGACUUUUCCACUUAAUGCUUGGUAGUCCGGUAAUUAAAGCAUGUAGGGAACUUAGGCAUACCAAUAAAGCCAUGUGUCCUGUCUUCUGUUAAGUCACGGUCAUGACACGAUGUUCACUGGCGAUGGCUUCUCAAAUCCUGCAGCAUGUAAAUAAAAUAUCAGCCCACCA